ACCAUUCUUCCACUGCAGCUCCCCUCAUGGGACCACCAUAUCCUGUCCCUUUCCUCUCCAUCGCUCUGGGUGGGGGUCAAGGAGGGUCAGCCAUCCAGUGAAGGUAACAGCCCUGGGCAUUGUGGUCUCCGUGGCAACCACUGACCACAACUCAGGAGGGCUGCUGCCUAGUAACCAGCCAUACUUCUUACCAUUAGCCCCGCAUGCUUACUGGGGCUACAGCAGAGACCCCAGGGAUUUUGAAGACUUUGCAGGUGCAAAGAGAUUUGUGUGCAGAUGGGAGUCCUAAGCCUCAGGGAGACCAGAGAACAAGAGGGACAAGGUGAAGUGGACUGAGUUGGAGGGGUCUGCCAUUUCUGUGUGAGACUGGGGAAGUCUCCUCAGAUCAAUUCAUAGUAAUGGGGGAAAAGGUCCCUGAACCAAUGAAGGAUUUGGAUCUGGAUGUACAUGACACAGAGAAAAAAGGAGCAGGCCAUGCCACAGCUGUGGCCCGUGGGUCCAGGCCUCUAAUAAACAGCCAGAGAUUGUCCCAGAAAGACAAUGGCCGUCAGUCCUGGAGAGGACCCAAGACUCCUUUGGACCAAUCCCAUUCCAAGAGCCAGUCACUCCCCUCUGGCACUCCCCCAACAAGAGACAUCAUUGAGAAAAGUGGUAACCGGCUGAGGACAACUCAUUCUGGAGAAUCAAGGUUGAACACUGGGUCAUCUGAUGGGAGGGAUAUCACCAGUCAGGGGACAGUCACCCCCAGGAAACAUGGGUCAAGAGGCUCCUCUCGGUCAAGCUGGAUGAGCUCAAGAGAGGAGUUGCGUUCUUCCAAGGGAGCAGAGGAUUGCAGGGUACCUAAGGCUGAACGGGAUGACAGUUCUGGUACUGAGUGCCAGUCUGGUGUGGUUGGCAGAAACGCCAGCUGCGUCCCCAGCAAUAUCCGGCACAAGUUUGGGAGCAACACAGUGGACCAGCUGGUGACUGAGGAGCAGGCUCGAAGGGCCAUAUUUGAAGUGAUUGAGGGACAGAAGCGGGUGAGCAGCCAUGUGAGCAAGACUCGGAAUUCGAUGGAAUCCUCAGCGUUUGCAGAUUAUUAUGAGCUGGGAUACCAUAUGAGAUCCAACAUAUUCCAAGGGGUUUUGACAGGGCCCCCCAUGGAGAUAAAGAGCUUAAUGAAGGACUCCUACACCGCAGAUGUGAUUGAGAGAGCUGUGAGGGACCCCAAGCAUUGGUAUGGGAGGAAGACAGAUGACCUUGGGCGGUGGCAUCAGAAGAAUGCUUUAGACCUGAAUCUGCAGAAGGCUUUGGACCAGAAAAUUGGAGAACGGAGCAAAAGCUUGAAGUAGGAAGUUCUAAGAAAAGGGCAUACUCUCCCUCCUAGAAGGAGUUAAUAAAAAAAAUCCAA